UAAAUCGAGACAACAGACAAAAUGUCCGACAACAUAAAAUGUAUUUUUACAUAUCCGAUUUCGACAACAGACGAGGAACUGGAAGAUAAUUUUUCAGUUAUAGAAACAGCAGAUUUACACGAAAAAAGACCAGUCAUUGUCCUUUUGGGAUGGGCUGGUUGUUUGGAUAAACAUUUAGCCAAAUACAGUGCAAUUUACGAACAAAAACGAUAUAUUACAGUAAGAUGUAUAUGUCCAACAUCAGUUCUGUUUUUUAAUCACGGUAAAUUAGCUGGUUUAUCACGAGACCUGUUACAAUCCUUGUAUGACAACAAGCUCAGUGGACAUCCAAUUUUCUUCCAUAUAUUUAGUAAUGGAGGAUGUUAUGUUUAUUGUAAUAUAUCUAAGUUACUUCAUGGUUCAGAUGAAUACAGAUCUUUAAAUGUUCAUGGCUGCAUCUUUGACAGUGCACCUGGAAAAAGACGAUUUCUUAAAGCGACGAAAGCAUUUAUGGCCACACUACGUGUUAAUAUAGUCUUUAAAUACCUAUUAGGUUUUUGUUGUAUGAUUUUUCUUGUUCUUUCUUAUGUUUAUACUUUGUUAUUGCAAACUCAAACUAAGUCUAAAGAUGCUUUUUUGUUAUAUGAAGGAAUCGCUCAUGAUGAAGGAAGAUGGCCUGAAAUGUUCUUGUACUCUAAGGCUGAUGAAACUAUAUAUCAUACUGAUAUUGAGGAAAUAAUUGAUUAUCGUAAGAAGGCUGGAGUUAAUGUUUUCAGUACAUGUUGGGAUGAUUCGCCUCAUGUGAAACAUUUUCCAUGUCAUAAAGAGGUUUAUACAACACUUUGUCAUCACUUUAUAAAUACAUGUCUUAAUUCUAAUAGGAGUUAACCUAAACUUAAUUUUGUAAUUUUCUUAAUACUGAAUCACUGUAUCAAUUUAUUAAAUUAAAAACAAUGUACAGCAAUUAGUAAUAUACUAUUCAAAAAAAGUAGGGGAUAUUUGAUUUUUAAGUGUUAUUAAAGUCACCUAAUGAAACUGACGAAGAAACAAAUGACAAAAUGAAAUGAAGUUCACAUUCAUCGAUUUAUUCCAAAUGAUCGUUAGACUAAGUAAGGCACAGACUGACCAUUAUAAGGGUAAAAUGAUACCCGGGGUCAAACAGCAAAGUUACCACAGCAUCACAACCAAGUCAGUAACGGGUAAAUCCUCCUCUGUUUGCCAAACAAGCAUUGAUCCGACGUGGCAUACUCCUAAUGAGACGUCUAAGGUCAUUUUGGUCCAGAUUGUCCCAUUCCUGUUGCAACGCAGCAGCAAGUUCUUGGACAUUGGCAGGACGUUGUUGACGUUGACGUAACCUCUGUCCAAGCAUGUCCCAGACAUGCUCGAUGGGGGAGAGGUCGGGACUCAGUGCUGGCCAAGGUAAUGUGGUGAUGUUCUGUUGUUGGAGGUAACCUGUAACGAUCCUGGCCCUGUGACAUCUUGCGUUGUCAUCCUGGAAGAUGAAACGGCGGCCAUGACGUCGUGCGAACGGCACAAUAACACCAGUGUCUGUUUGAAGACGAGCGCUGAUCUGAUUUGCUGUGAUGACACGAUUUCUCAAGGCCAAGGUACGGAUAAAUCGAUCCUGGGCUUGAGUUGUCGCCCUUGGUCGACCUGAGCGUGGUCUGUCCUGUACAGAUUGUGUAUCACGGUAUCUGGACCAUAGCCUGCUUAUGACAGACUGAGAAACAUUCAUCGUCCGCGCCACAACCGCCUGUGUUGUGCCGAUCUGUAGCAUGCCAAGGGCACGUAACCUUUUCUGGUCACUAAAACAAUUAAACUGAUGUUUCCACCCUGGAAUUCAAUGCCACAAUGACUGUAACAUUCAAAGUCAGAGUCGUGCAAAUCUUGGGUUGGACCCCCAUGAUGAUCCCAAGCAUCACCUGCAUUCCAUGCGGUAGCUAUUGGUGCGUUUGGGCGUCACAUGUAACUGAAAAUGUUUCUUCUGUUAGGUUCUAUAGUGACUUUUUUCGUAGUCAUUUGCAUAUUUUAGUAUUAUGCCCCCAAAAUCAAAUAUCCCCUACUUUUUUUGAAUAGUAUAUAAAGUAGGUGUCACCGGUCUAACCUCUAUGUUCUACAGUUUUCUCCCACUGCUAAAGACCAUGUUAAAUCAGAAAAUUUGUAAUUUAAAUAAGAGUUUUAGGAUAAUUUCAUCCAAAUCAUGUGUCGGAUAACCUUGCUCUUAAUAUCAGUUCUUAACCAGCACAUACCAAUAGGUUGGAAUUUCCAAGAUUUUUGUACCACCAAAAAAUUAAUGACUGGCCGCUAUUCCUUGACAGGUCCCUCAUCCUGCAUCCUGAGAAAUUUAUAAGGGGAAACCAAUAUGGUCCCUGAUUUUACGAAAAAUCGUGUCUUUAACGUGUUGACACUUUUUUUUAUCCGAUUUUGAUAAAAAAUAAAAGGUAUGUUUGUUACUCAAAGAUUUCGGUUCCUUUCGAUAUUGAUGUAUAUCGGAACGUAAACUUCCUGGAUUAUGCCUCUGAUUGUACGAAAAAUCACGUUUUUAAAAUAGCGAAGUCUCUAACUCGAUAUCAUCCAAAGUCUUUGACAUUGAAAACACGAACUAUUUGUCAAUUUAAAUCAACAUUGAUGUUGUGAUCUUACCUGGAAAAGAUGGGCUUUUGAUAUCCAAUAUUUAAGGCAAAAUAAACAUUUUACCAUUGGUACACAAACUUGUGUACCAUAACGCGUUUCAGCGCUAUUUGUAACAAGGGACUCAAAGUACCAGGCUAGACAUAUUCCACAAUAACUGAUUUAAAAUUGAGUAAAACUAGAGUAAAAAUGGAAACAAUUAAUUGUAAAUCAGUUUAUAUGCAUUCAUAUUAAAUUAUUAUAUGUGUUGCGGCAUAUUUGUGUCAAUUUCUAGGUCCCAAAUAUUAGCGAUUUAGCUCCUUUAACUUGUUCUAUGUCCAUCUCUUGCAAAAUGUGGGCAUACAUGUAUCUUGCGUGUCAACCGCUUGUUAAAAUGCUUGUUCAAAUUUUUGAGGUGUCUUACUUAGUUUUGUUUUAAAUUGUAUUAUUUUAAUUUUAUAAAGAAUAUUGAUAACAAUAACUUUCCUGUGUUGUUUUGUUUUUGUCCCCCGCCUUUCGAAGAAAAACUAGGUCAUUUCGGGACUAACAUGUGGUUGAAUUUUAUUUCAAUAAUUCGCUUGCGC